AUGUUGGCUUCAUUUGCUGGGAGAUAUGGUCCUAGGUUCAUUCAUUCAUCGUGUUCACGGCUAGCCAAUUCUGAUCCAAGCCAGUCAUCUAAAGUAUCCAUCCCUGAUGAUUCCAUGCCAUAUAAACCGUAUAGUCCAUUUCCAAAGCCACAGGGAAAAAUUGACUAUGUUAUCACACGACUUGAUGAUCUGGCAAAUUGGGCUAGAAAAAAUUCUAUAUACCCCCUCACUUUCGGUCUUGCUUGCUGCGCUGUUGAAAUGAUGCAUAUAGCAGGACCGCGCUAUGAUAUGGAUCGUUAUGGUGUAGUAUUUCGAGCUAGUCCACGGCAAGCUGAUCUUAUAAUUAUUUCUGGAACUGUUACAAACAAAAUGGCUCCAGCUCUUCGCAGAAUUUACGAUCAGAUGACACAUCCUAAGUGGGUUAUUUCAAUGGGUUCUUGUGCGAAUGGAGGUGGUUACUAUCAUUAUUCUUAUAGUGUUCUACGUGGUUGUGAUCGCGUUAUUCCAGUUGAUAUAUAUGUUCCAGGUUGUCCUCCAUCAGCUGAAGCAUUAAUGUAUUCUAUACUACAAUUACAAAAGAAAAUCAAAUCUGAAAGACCUGUACAAGCAUGGUAUAGAAGAUGA